AUGAGUGAAACUUCGGAAACACAGAAUAAAGAUAGUGGUUCUGUUAUAACUGAACAAGAGCGCGAGUUGGCUCAAAAUAUACUGUUGGAAUUUCGAAAAGGUUCCUACGCCUUGUGUUUAACAUAUUUAAAUAAAUUGGAGAGUCUACGACCUACUGAUCUUAAAGUUAUGCAUAACAAAGUUGUAGUGGAAUAUUAUAAAAGUGAUUUGAAGAAAACUGAGCUGACACGAAAGAGUUUAAAUGCUAUAUGUGGUCAAAUGUCAACGUCGGAUUCCAACGAGACUAUCGAUGACGUCGAGAAAUGUGUUAUGAGAUACAAUCAAGCCGUUUUGUUAUAUCAUAAUAAACAAUAUAAUGCUGCGCUUCAAAUUAUGACUAGGCUGUUUGCCUUUAUCGAGCCAAUGGAGGAAACUUUGGCACAUAAAGUGUGUCUGUUACUGAUAGAGUUAUACAUAGUAACGGAGCAACCAGAUGCAGCUCUGUCAAUACAAAAUUAUGUUGAGAGUCAAUUUAUAUCUACCGAUAGUUCCAAGAUAUCUGCUAUUGACAAGGAUGGAGUAAUAAAAUCUAUCAAAGAGCAAAAGGAGCCAAAGAAAGAUACAGUUGGUGAUACAGCGAUAGAUGCAUUCAAGAUUAAACUUUUGAAAUAUAAAGCGAGAAUAUAUCUCCUAACUCAUCAAUUAAAACUCUGUAAAAAAGAAUGGAAGACAUUAGUUUCAUUGGGCACAGUGAAUACAUCAACCAUUUUUUUGAAGGCUAAUUUGGAAUAUUUACGAGGAAAUUAUGAUAAAGCAAUGCAAUUUUUGAAUUCUAAAAUGAAAGAAAAUUUAGAUUUUAAAUUAUGUGGAGAAUCGUCAACUGUUUUGUUUUAUAACAAUAUGGCAUGUCUGCAUCUCGCAAUGGGCAAGCCAACUUUAGCUUGUUCUUAUCUUCAAAGAGCUUUGCGCGUGAAUGAUAGCGCUGUGAAGAGCAUGCAAGAUAAAGACAUUGAUUCUUCUCAACCAUUGUAUAUGCUUGGUGGCGAUAAACAUUCCGAGUUAAUGUACAAUUUGGGUGUAUCAUUUUUGUAUGCUGGUAAAGCGUCAAAAGCCUUUGACUGCUUUACAGAUGUAGCGCAGAGGGUAUGCAAUAAUCCGAAACUCUUACUUAGAAUGGCAGAAUGUUGUAUCUGCAAUCAUAAAUCUUCAAAUGAAGUCGAUUUCAAUAUUUCAAAAAGAUGUAAGGAUCUGGUACAGGAAGUUAUGGGUUCUGGUAUUCAUAAAAAAAUCAUAUUACCUACAUCUCUUUCAAAAGAUACUAAAUAUCAUUCAGAAGGCCUAUCCUAUGCAAUUCCACAACCAACAUUGGAAUUUGGAUAUUUAUGUCUGAAAAAUGCAUUAUUUUUACUUUCGAACAAUAAUGAGCCAAACGUACCUAUAACGGCUAUGGCGAAUUCAUUAUCAUUAACACCUGGUCAUAACUUAGGUAUUCAACAUGUAACGUUAACGUCACGAUCUACAGCUAUCGAAUCUUUUAAUUUAAAAAUUAGUGUUUUGGCUGCUAGCGCUUAUGUCUCUUUGUGUCUUGGAGAUUAUAUAUUUUCUCUCGAAUAUGCAAAAACUCUAUUAAGUUUUAACAAGUUACCUGGUGCAUACAAAAUGUUAGGCAACUUAUAUGCCGCUGAAAGUUUAAUAUUUAUGGACAAAAUAAGUGAAGCACUCGAAUAUCUGAAGCUUGAAAAUCUUCAAGAUUUAAAUACAUUUAUGUCUAUGUCAGAAAUUCAGGAGAAGGAUAAGGAAAAAGCGGAGGAAAUUAUGGUAAAGCCUGUAAAAGCUUGGUAUCCUACAACACUUUCUACAGGCAUUGCUGUGAUACAUUACAACUUGGCCGUAGCUUAUGCCAUACGAGGCGAACUAGAUAAAUCUGGAGAAAUCUUAAAACAAAUAUGGAUAUCAAAAGAACCAGAUUGUGGUAUACCUAUACAAGUGAUAAUGUUGGCCUUGUAUAUAGAGCUACAAUUAGGUCAUGCUGACGUUUCAAAAUCAAUAAUAAAACAACAUUGUCCACAAUAUCGUUAACAAUCAAAAUCACUUGAUUAACUUAUAUCGAUAUAUAAGCACAUAAGCAUUAAAGUAUUCUUAAUUUAUAAUAUAAGGAUAUUACUUUUUUAAUAUCUUUUUACGUUAUUAGAUUUCUAAUGACUAUUAUGAAAGAAAAACAAUUUUUCAAAUUGUACAAGUACUCUGCUUCGAAAUUUUACAAUCAAUUAAGAUGUUUUGGAUGGAAUUGCACACUUUACAAAAAAAACGUCUUUUUUCCUAAAAUUUUAUGUGUAAAUUAAUUAUUAUGAUUAUUUGAUAAUUUUUAGUAAUAUAUAAAUCAAGAUAAAUUCAUAAAUAAGUAAAUAUUUUAUGGAAAUUAUAGUUUAUUGUAUUUUCUAUUUUAUGUCGGAAGAUGUUAAUGAAAUGAGUAUAUUCCAUGAAAUAUUUAUCUUUGAAUAGUCACGCUGUAAGUUUUUAUAUACAAGAAAAUGAUGACUACAUAAAAGAUUAUAUUAAAGUUUUUUUAAUGUGAAAUUCAUAUACCUAUACUGGUACUUAUUGAAAUGUUAGAAAAAUAUCAAUAUGUACAAGCGA